AUGUUGGAUUCAAAGCCUGUCUCUGUUCCUUUGGCUUCUCAUUUUGUGUUGAGUAAAGAUCAGUGUCCUCAAACCAAGUCUGAUAUUGAUGCUAUGAAGAGGGUUCCUUAUGCUAAUGCAAUUGGUUAUGUGAUGUAUUUGAUGGUAAGUACAAGGCCUGAUAUUGCCUAUGUAGUUUCAUGUCUUAGCAUAUAUAUGUCAAAUCCUGGAUCUGUGCAUUGGGAAGCUCUGAAAUGGCUUCUGAGAUAUCUCAAACAUACUGCAACAUAUGGAUUGUGUUAUUAUAAGUGUGAAAAUGGUGUUUCCUUAACUGGUUUUGUGGAUUCUAACUAUGCAAAUGACAGAGAUAAGAGGAAGUCAAAUACCUCCUAUGUGUUUACUGUUUGCAGUUCUUGUAUCAGUUGGAAGUCCCAAUUGCAGCAUAUAGUGGCAUUGUCCACUACAGAGUCAGAGUACAUUGCUAUCACAGAAGCAAUGAAAGAAGCAGUUUGGUUAAAGGGAGUUCUCUCUGAACUUAAAUUUCUGAAGCUAUCUCCCUCUGUGUUUUCUGAUUCUCAGUCUGCAAUACAGUUAUGCGAAAACCCUGUUUUUCAUGAUAGAACUAAACAUAUUGAUGUAAGGUUCCAUUACAUUAGGGACAUAGUAGAAAAAGGUGAAGUAUUUCUGCAUAAGGUGCAUACAGAUAAAAACCCUGCUGAUAUGGGUACAAAACCUUUGCCUACUGAAAAACUUAUUUUCUGCAUUAAAUUCCUGCAUUUUGAUCUAGGAUAG